AUGGUUGCCACAGCUAACGGCCAGACGUACGGCCGACACAUUCCCCUAUUGAAGGUUCGGGAGCUGCUCAAGGAAAGAGCCGCGCUCGAACGGGACUACGCCGUCAAACUCCAAACUCUGGUCAAGAGGGCGGCAGACAAGAAGGCGAAGAAGAUGGCAACCCUCGUCGUCGGAUCUGAACCCACCAAGUCGUGGGAGGAGAGUAUUCUGAAGACAAGUACACUCGACGCUGCUUACUCGCAAGUGCUCUCCUCCAUGAGCGAUACCGCCCAGGACCACGUAAAUCUCGCCGACGCCUUGAGCGGUCAAGUCAUAGAACCUCUCAGGUUGACGAGACAGAGGCACGACGAUAAUCGGAAGAGGCAACUACAAUACUACCAGAAGCUGUUGUCCGAUAAGGAGCGUACCUAUGCAGACCGUGUCAAGUAUGACGAGGAGUGUACAGAAGUACACGCGUAUCGACAGAAGCAGGAGCGUGCGUCAGACGAUCGGCACGCAGAGCGAGCUGCGAGGCAAUACGAGCAGCAGCAAAUUGACAUGCUCAACAGCAAGAACGCGUAUCUCAUCUCGAUAGCUGUAUCCAACAAGGCCAAGGCCAAGUUUUACGACGAAGACAUCCCUGCUCUAGAGGACGACUUGCAGGCGCGUCUGAUCGAUAGCUUUGCGAGCAGCCUCAAGAAUGCGCAAGUUCUUCAACUCGAGCACCUUGACAUUGUGCGAUCCCACAUCACACGGGCGGAGCAGGUGCUCUCAUCGGUGAACCCUGCAGUCGACCAAGACAUAUUCAUCGAUCAUAAUAUCGUCCCCUUUUCCACCCCCGAAGACUUUGUCUUCGAACCCUGUGCCACUUACUACGAUACUGGCGAUAUGAGUGUGGAUCCCGCACCGAAGGUGUAUCUUCAGAACAGGCUGAACAAGUGUCGAACAAAGCUACAGGAUCUCGACCCUGUUCUCACCAACAAACGCCAGGAUACGGAAAAACUGGGCAACCUGGUGACAGCAUACACGGAGGAUGCCACAUUAGGCAACGCCGACGAGCUGCUUGAUCAAUACCUGGAAGCCCACCAUGCGCUAACGUUUUUCUCCACGUCCGAUGCGAUCCUCCGCACGGAGGUGGACACAGUCUCUGGUGCACUCUGCGGCGACGAAGGGGGACAAAGCCCGCACUCAUUCAAGAGUGCCUCGUUCUCUAUCCCGGCCUCGUGUUCCUACUGCAAGUCGUCAAUCUGGGGUCUCAGCAAGCAAGGGAAAACAUGCAAGGCGUGCGGAAUCUCUGUCCAUGCGAAGUGCGAACUGAAGCUCCCCGCUGACUGCUCGGGCUCGCGGCAUGGGCACCGUUCAUCGGAUUCAGUUUCAUCGCUCUCGAGAACACCGUCAACAGUGUCCCCAUCCGAGUCCCGCAGUGCGUCGGACUUGGGGUUUAUACUUUCGACGCCUACUCCCUCUUCCUUCGCACCUCCUUCGCACGGCCACGAGCCCGACGAGGAAAGCGGUCCUAGGGCAAGGGUCGUAUUCGAUUUUACGCCCACUUCGCCGUUCGAGCUUACAGUCACCGCGGAGAGCAUCGUGCGCGUGCUGGAAGAAGACGAUGGCUCAGGAUGGGUCAAAGUGGCGGACGACUCCGGAGGGAAGGGGCUCGUCCCUGCGUCGUACGUGGAACUGCUCGAACCCGGCGCGGCGUCCUCUGCCGAUCGGGGCGCGACCCCGAGGAGCGGUACCCCAGUCCCACAGGCCAGUUCUGGAGAGUAUGUGCGCGGCAUCUACGCGUACAAGUCGCAAGGCCCGGACGAGCUCUCCGUCGACGAAGGCCAGCUCAUCCAACUCACGGACGGUCCAGCUGGUGGGCGCCACUAUGCAGAGGGCUGGUGGGAAGGCAUCGGUGCGGACGGACGCAAGGGCAUCUUCCCGAGCAACUACGUAGAGGACGCAUGA